AUGCGCCGAACGGCCGCCGCUGUCCCGGCCAGAUGCCUCUCUUUGGCGCCGGCCAAAACCGGGUUUUCCCCCGCGGGCCGCCGUCCUGCGGCACUUUUCACCCGGCUCCGGGCGUACAGCGUGUUGACGCAAAACGCCGCCAAGGAGUACAAAUACCGCGAUGUCAAGGCGCUCACGGAGGCGCGUGGCGGCCAGCCCGGCGCCUUGCUUAUCGACGUGCGCGAGCCUUCGGAGUUCCAGGAGGGCCACAUUCCCGGCGCUCGCAAUGUGCCGUUCAAGUCGUCUCCUGGCGCGUUCGACUUGUCCGAGGAGGAGUUUGAGGAGAGUUUUGGCUUCGAGAAGCCGGCCAAGGACCAGCACUUGGUCUUCUACUGCUUGGGUGGCGUGCGGCUGACGGCCGCGGAGGAGUUGGCCAACUCGUUCGGCUACACGAACCGCGGCAACUACGUCGGCUCGUGGGAGGACUGGGUGGCGCAUGAAAACGCUGCCGGCAAGGCGUGA